AUGUCCCCUGUCCCCAUCACCCCCAAGGUUGCCCAUCUUCGCGCAACGCUGCAAGAGGAACCGACCUUCUGCAGCGGUACCAUCUCCCUCCCUCGUGACCAGCUGGAGAUGUACUACGGUCGUCAUCAGCAUCACUUCAUCGACUUCAGCGAUGCACAAGAGCACCCUGAGACGGUGACUGAACUCGCCGCGGCCUGCAAGCCCGCGAUGUUCGGCAGAGGCGAUGAGACUGUCCUCGACGAGACGUAUCGCAAGUCGCGCAAGAUGGACGCGAGCGACUUCCUCAUGCGCUUCGACCUUCAAGAAUCGGGGCUUCUAGGGACCGUUCACGCUAUUCUACUGGCUGGAAGACAAGAAGAGGUUUCAAUCCGCGCUGAGCUCUACAAGCUGAACAUAUACAACGAGGGCGAGUUCUUUAAGGCGCACGCGGAUACCCCGCACUCCCCGGAAAUGUUCGGGUCUCUCGUCAUCGUCUUCCCCACCCCGCACGAAGGCGGGACCCUUGUUCUGCGCGACUGGGAGAAGGAACACGUCGUAGACUCCGGCGCCCUGCUCAAGGACCACCCGUGCACGAUCGCGUACGCCGCCUUCUUCAGCGAUGUCGAGCACGAGGUCACGCCGCUCCUCUCCGGCCACCGCGUCACCGUAACCUACAACCUCUUCUACGCCAAACCAGUCUUCCCCACACCCGCCGGCUUGUGCUCGCUCGCGCCCGCGUUCACCUCCGUGGACAUGAUCGCGGCCGCACUGCGCGCGCUCGUGGACGACCCCGAGUUCCUCUGCACCGGCGCCACGCUCGGCUUCGGCCUGCGUCACAAGUACCCACUCCCGAAGCUGUGGGACCUCAAGGACGGCGGGCACGACCCGCUCGUGACGUUCCUCAAGGGCGCGCUGACGCUCAAGGGCUCAGACCACGCGCUGUUCCGCGCGGCGGAAACGCUCGGGCUCAAGCCCGUCGUGCGCCUGGUCGUGCGUGAAGAAGGCUUGGGCGCGCUCGACGAUGGCGCGUUCUUGCUCCCGCGCGUGCCCGUGUUCGGAAAGCGCUGGGACGAGGAAACAACGCUCCCAGAGACGCUCAUGGAGAGCGAGUUCUGCGCGAAGGAGCUCACAAACUUUGGUUUCCAGGAGGGGUACUGGAAUGACAAGUACAUCAGCCGCGACAAUGAGGGGGAACAGUCUGUGCAUUGGGUGACGUACACGGAGGCAUGGAAUGGCACGAAGGCGCUAUACAUGGCGUACGGGAACGAGGCGUCGCUGCAGUACAUGUAUGGCUCGCUCUGCCUGCUUAUCAAGAUUGGGAAGGUAGAUGAGGCGACUGGGACCAGGGGGACCCCUGUGUACUUUGAUUAG